AUAAAUGAGGCCCCAGGUCUCUUACAUAACUUACCCAGUGGAAUCAGACUGUUUUAAAAAAUCAAAUUUCAUACUAUGGUAUUAUGGCUAAGUAUUGAAAUUGGAAUCGUAUAAAGCCUUAUAUCACUGUGAAAUCAAAUCUCAGGUUAUUUAUACAUUUCUCUGUUCUCUCAUUUGUUUUUCCCUCUAGGGCAUCUAAGGCUCCAUAUCAAACUCUUCCUUUAUCUGCAAGUGAGUGUUGAUGACAUUUUAGGCAGAGCAUAACAUAGCAUAGAAAAGCAUAGAAUAGCAUACAGUGGGGAAAAAAAGUAUUUAGUCAGCCACCAAUUGUGCAAGUUCUCCCACUUAAAAAGAUGAGAGAGGCCUGUAAUUUUCAUCAUAGGUACACGUCAACUAUGACAGACAAAUUGAGAGAAAAAAAAUCCUGAAAAUCACAUUGUAGGAUUUUUUAUGAAUUUAUUUGAAAAUGAUGGUGGAAGAUAAGUAUUUGGUCACCUACAAACAAGCAAGAUUUCUGGCUCUCACAGCCCUGUAACUUCUUCUUUAAGAGGCUCCUCUGUCCUCCACUCGUUACCUGUAAUAAUGGCACCUGUUUCAACUUGUUAUCAGUAUAAAAGACACCUGUCCACAACCUCAAACAGUCACACUCCAAACUCCACUAUGGCCAAGACCAAAGAGCUGUCAAAGGACACCAGAAACAAAAUUGUAGACCUGCACCAGGCUGGGAAGACUGAAUCUGCAAUAGGUAAGCAGCUUGGUUUGAAGAAAUCAACUGUGGGAGCAAUUAUUAGGAAAUGGAAGACAUACAAGACCACUGAUAAUCUCCCUCGAUCUGGGGCUCCACGUAAGAUCUCACCCCGUGGGGUCAAAAUGAUCACAAGAACGGUGAGCAAAAAUCCCAGAACCACACGGGGGGACCUAGUGAAUGACCUGCAGAGAGCUGGGACCAAAGUAACAAAGCCUACCAUCAGUAACACACUACGCCGCCAGGGACUCAAAUCCUGCAGUGCCAGACGUGUCCCCCUGCUUAAGCCAGUACAUGUCCAGGCCCGUCUGAAGAUUGCUAGAGUUCAUUUGGAUGAUCCAGAAGAGGAUUGGGAGAAUGUCAUAUGGUCAGAUGAAACCAAAAUAUAACUUUUUGGUAAAAACUCAACUCGUCGUGUUUGGAGGACAAAGAAUGCUGAGUUGCAUCCAAAGAACACCAUACCUACUGUGAAGCAUGGGGGUGGAAACAUCAUGCUUUGGGGCUGUUUUUUUGCAAAGGGACCAGGAUGACUGAUCCGUGUAAAGGAAAGAAUGAAUGGGGCCAUGUAUCGUGAGAUUUUGAGUGAAAACCUCCUUCCAUCAGCAAGGGCAUUGAAGAUGAAACGUGGCUGGGUCUUUCAGCAUGACAAUGAUCCCAAACACACCGCCCGGGCAACGAAGGAGUGGCUUUGUAAGAAGCAUUUCAAGGUCCUGGAGUGGCCUAGCCAGUCUCCAGAUCUCAACCCCUUAGAAAAUCUUUGGAGGGAGUUGAAAGUCCGUGUUGCCCAGCGACAGCCCCAAAACAUCACUGCUCUAGAGGAGAUCUGCAUGGAGGAAUGGGCCAAAAUACCAGCAACAGUGUGUGAAAACCUUGUGAAGACUUACAGAAAACGUUUGACCUGUGUCAUUACCAACAAAGGGUAUAUAACAAAGUAUUGAGAAACUUUUGUUAUUGACCAAAUACUUAUUUUCCACCAUAAUUUGCAAAUAAAUUCAUAAAAAAUCCUACAAUGUGAUUUUCUGGAUUUUCUUUUCUCAUUUUGUCUGUCAUAGUUGACGUUUACCUAUGAUGAAAAUUACAGGCCUCUCUCAUCUUUUUAAGUGGGAGAACUUGCACAAUUGGUGGCUGACUAAAUACUUUUUUUCCCCACUGUAGCAAAGCAUAGCAUAAACUAAGCAGCUAACAUUCUCAAAAACUAUGCAAUUUGGACAAUAAAUACAAUAAAGUUGCUUAACAACUUUACUUCCUCCUCCCAGAUCAGCUGAUCUGAGAGCUGUGAUGUCGGCGUAUGGACAGACCCAGUACAGCCCCGGCCUCCAGCCUGCGGUACCCUAUCCACCAUACACACACCACGCCCAGGGCUACGGAAUGCCCUCCUACAGUGAGUACCCGGCAUUUCAUUCAAUACCGGGGGUGAAGAGGAGGGAUAUGACUGUUUAAGAGAUGCCUUGAAAGUUGUAAGGCAUCUAAGGCAGCGUGAAUAGGUAUCAAAUUGUAUUUAAUUUUAUUUGUCACAUGAUAAAAAGAAUAACACAAGGAAUAAAUACACAAUGAAAAACGAUAACUCAGCUAUAUACAUACAGUACACGGGAUGCCAGUAUGCCUCUCUGUAAAAUCCAGUGUAACCAGUGUCAGUAACUGAAUCCAGUGUGGAUGAUUCUGUUUGUCCUUUCCUCUGCAGACAUAAAGACAGAGGAUGGCCUCAGCCUCUCUCCAGGACAGAACAGUCUCUACUCUAACUACAGCAACACUCCCCCCAGCCAGGGCCUCUAUAGCUACUCCACACACGGUCAUUCACGUCCGUCCUUCUCAUCACGCACACAAACACACACACCCACACACACACACCACAACGACUCCACACACACACACACACAAACAGCCACCACAAAUACCCACACAUAUCAGUCGUACUCCCUCCCUCACUCUGUCUCUCUCCACCUAUCUGUGCCUUUCUCUCUGAUCUCUCCUCUUCUCUUGGUGUGUUUCUCUCUGAUCUCUCCUCUUCUCUUUGUGUCUUUUCAUGAUCUCUUUCUCUUUAUGUGGUUUCUCUCUGAUUCUCCACUCUCUUGUGUGUUUCUUGAUAUCUAACUCUCUAUUGUUUGUCUUUUGUUGCGAGCGCGAGAGACGGAUAGAUAGAUAAGAGCUCUGAGAGGAGAUAUAAGAAUUCUAGAUAUGGAACGGAGUAUCUCGGAUAUCUCUUGUCUUCUCUCUGCUCUCCUCUAUCUCUAUGUCUCUCUCUCUCUUCUUCUCUAUGUCUCUCUAGUCUCUCUCUCUCUCUCUCUCUCUCUCUCUCUCUCUCUCUCUCUCCUCUCUCUCUCUCUCUCUCUCUCUCCUCUCUCUCUCUCCUUUCCUUUCUCACACACACUCUCUUUCCUUCUCUCUCUUGCUGAGAUCUAUUCUCUUUUCUAUGGCCUCGCUCCCUCUCUUUCAUUCUCUCUCUGAUCUCUCCAUCACUACGGGCCAGUGAGUCCUGGCGUUUCCAGGUGGGUGUCCUUAGCAGUGCCCAUCUGUCCUCCUCCACACCUGUUCUCCAUUAGCUGCGGUCUGGGUGCCUGGCGUCAGCCCCUUUCCUCCCACCACACCCACAACACACAGCCCAGGCUCAGACCAGCAUGUGGGUGUGUGCGUGGGGGGGUGGCGGGUGGGGGGGCAUGUGGGUGUGUAAGAGAGAGAGUAUACGUGCGUCAAUGUGUGCGUGUGUAUGCUUGCGUGUGUGUGUCUGCACACAUGCGUGGUUGUGUACUAUGUGUGUGUCUGUGCUCCACACAUUCCCCAGUUCUUUGGCGCCCAAAGCAUGCUUGGCUCAGUGGGACUUGAUGGAUUUCAAAGCAGCGUGAAAUUGACCCUGCUCUGUCAGAGGCUAGAGGUCAAGGUGCAUGUUGUGGUGCUCGGAGGGGAGGCUAAUGGAAGAACUACAUGGACUCACUGACAGGGGAAUCCAAGGCCACUGUUAACAGGAUCGUAUUAAUGAGUAUGCACCGUAGCAAAACCUUUUGCAAUGAAAAACUGUUCAGGUUUUUCUUCUGUUUGGUGCCACAUUGAUACAUCAUCAAUAGAAUCCACAUUGAUACAUCAUCAAAGAGGAUUGUGUAUUUGUCUUGGUCUAUAUUUUGUAGUUUUAGCUUGGACUAAAUGGUCUGUUCCAGCUUCAGCCAGCUACCGUUGUUUGGACUAAAUGGUAGUCUGUUCCAGCCAGCUACCGUUGCUUGGUCUAAAUGGUAGUCUGUUCCAGCCAGCUACCGUUGCUUGGUCUAAAUGGUAGUCUGUUCCAGCUUCAGCCAGCUACCGUUGCUUGGACUAAAUGGUAGUCUGUUCCAGCCAGCUACCGUUGCUUGGUCUAAAUGGUAGUCUGUUCCAGCCAGCUACAGUUGCUUGGUCUAAAUGGUAGUCUGUUCCAGCUUCAGCCAGCUACCGUUGCUUGGACUAAAUGGUAGUCUGUUCCAGCCAGCUACCGUUGCUUGGUCUAAAUGGUAGUCUGUUCCAGCUUCAGCCAGCUACCGUUGCCGUCAGAAAGCAAGACUGAAACACUGGUAUUCCAGCAAUCUGAAACCAUGACAGCUGAUGAACACAUGGGAAAACUCUCAUGUGUUUUAAUACAGGUAAACAAAAUCUAGAGUGGCUUGAAACAAGCUCCCAUGGCAACUCCAUGUACAAGACCACUAGACCUCUCCUCCCUCCCACACACACACACGCACGCAAGUAAGCGCACACAAACACACCACACACACUACACUACACACUACACGCUACAUACUACACACUACAAAUUACACACUACACACUACACCACAGAGGAGAAACCAAAUCAGAACCAGAAUUCCACUGUUUAUUUGGAAACCUUCUGGUUUCUGUUGUUGUUGCUUUGAAGAGUAUGUUGUGUGGUCCUAGAUGACUCCCGGGUGGUUCUGGGUAGUCAUUCAUCUAUCAUUGAGUCUUGGGGUGGAUGGAUGGAUGGAUGGAUGGAGGGGUAACAAACAAGUGUGGCCGGGGAAAAGAGCCCGGAGGAAGGCAUUCCUUCAGCAGAGUUGAUAACACUGAUGGAGUAACUAGCUAGCGCACCAGGCUUCCCCCACCUGCAUUGUUGUUGUUGGGACUCAUAAAUCAAGCGCCAUACUCCCUGAGGACUGGCUUGUCACUGGAGGGGUUGAGGCAAUUCAAUGUUAUGAGGCCAGUCGUGAAGCUACUUCGGUGAUAAGUGUUAAGGUGAUUACAUUACGAUACAGGUGUAGGAUCUUAAUUUGCUCACUCUGUUGUUGCUGAGAGUUUUCCUGCGCUGCAGGAAAUGAAGAUGAGCUUCGUGAUUUACUUAAAUUCACAGAAAACCUGGACUAAAACAUGGUUAUAUUAACAGUAUAGCACAUGUAGCCUAAUUUUGGUCAGCUAAUAGCCUAACCACCGAUCAAGCAACAUUAUGGACUAAACGUUCAAAUCCUGUUGCUGCAGGAUUAUUUUUCUAUUACAAUACUGGUCAAAUUAAGAUCCUAUAUCUCUAUGUGUUGGGCCAACUAGGGUUGCAAAAGUCCGGUAACUUUCCCAAAAUUCUCAUGUUUUCCAGAGGCGUUCAUAUUUUUCUGAUUAUUUCCUUCUGAUUCCGAAAAUCUUCCUAUCAGGAUUUCUGGAAAAACUGUGCAUUUUUGGAAAGUUACCAGAAUUUUGCAAUUGUUGUCUCACAAUAUUGACCUCAUUCCGUCAGUAGAGGAUGCCUGGUUGUUCUUUAAAAGUGCUUUCCUCUCCAUCUUAAAUAAGCAUGCCCCAUUCAAAAAAGUAAGAACUAAGAACAGAUAUAGCCCCUGGUUCACCCCAGACUUGACUGCCCUUGACCAGCACAAAAACAUCCUGUGGCGUACGGCAUUAGCAUCAAACAGCCCCCGCGAUAUGCAACUUUUCAGGGAAGUCAGGAACUAAUAUACACAAUGAGUUAGGAAAGCAAAGGCUAACUUUUUCAAACAGAAAUUUGCAUCCUGUAGCACUAACUCCAAAAAGUCCAUGGAGAAUAAGAGCACCUCCUCCCAGCUGCCCACUGCACUGAGGCUAGGAAACACUGUCACUACCGAUAAAUCUAAGAUAAUCGAAUAUUUCAACAAGCAUUUCAACAAGGCCCCUACCCCGGCCACCAGCUCUCCCCCCCCCCCCCGCCGCUUCUACUUCACCCAAAUUCAGACAGCUGAUGUUCUGAAAGAGCUGCACAAUCUGGACCCCUACAAAUCAGCUGGGCUAGACAAUCUGGACCCUUUCUUUCUAAAAUUAGCCGCCGAAAUUGUCGCAACCCCUAUCACCAGCCUGUUCAACCUCUCUUUCAUAUCGUCUGAGAUCCCCAGAGAUUGGAAAGCUGCCGCGGUCAUCCCCCUCUUCAAAGGGUGUGACACUCUAGAUCCAAACUGUUACAGACCUAUAUCCAUCCUGCCCUGCCUUUCGAAAGUAUUUGAAAGCCAAGUUAACAAACAGAUCACCGACUAUUUAGAAUCCCACCGUACCUUCUCCGCAAUGCAAUCUGGUUUCCGAGCUGGUCAUGGGUGUAUCUCAGCCACGCUCAAGGUCCUAAACGAUAUAAUAACUGCGAUCAAUAAAAGACAGUACUGUGCAGCCAUCUUCAUCGACCUGGCCAAGGCUUUUGACUCUGUCAAUCACCGCAUUCUUAUUGGCAGACUAAAUAGCCUUGGUUUCUCAAAUGACUGCCUCGCCUGGUUCACCAACUACUUCUCAGAUAGAGUUCAAUGUGUCAAAUCGGAGGGCCUGUUGUCUGGACCUCUGGCAGUGCCACAGGGUUCAAUUCUCGGGCCGACUCUAUUCUCUGUGUAUAUCAAUGAUGUCGCUCUUGCUGCUGGUGACGCUCAGAUCCACCUCUAGUCGCCUGCCCGACUAGAAUCACUACUCUCGGCGGGUCUGACUUAGAAUAUGUGGACAACUACAAAUACCUAGGUGUCUGGUUAGACUGUAAACUCUCUUUCCAGACUCACAUUAAGCAUCUCCAAUCCAAAGUUAAAUCUAGAAUCGGCUUCCUAUUUCGCAACAAAAUGCCUUCGCUCAUGCUGCUAAACAUGCCCUCGUAAAACUGACUAUCCUACCGAUCCUUGACUUCAGCAAUGUCAUUUACAAAAUAGCUUCCAACACUCUACUCAGCAAAUUGGAUGUAGUCUAUCACAGUGCCAUCCGUUUUGUCACCAAAGCCCCAUAUACUACCCACCAUUGUGACCUGUACGCUCUCGUUGGCUGGCCCUCACUACAUAUUCGUCGCCAAACCCACUGGCUCCAGGUCAUCUAUAAAUCCCUCCUAGGCAAAUCCCCGCCUUAUCUUAGCUCAUUGGUCACUUUAGCAACACCCACCCGUAGUAUGCGUUCCAGCAGGUAUAUCUCACUGGUCAUCCCCAAAGCCAACACCUCCUUUGGCCGCUAUUCCUUCCAGUUCUCUGGUGCAAAUGACUGGAACGAACUGCAAAAAUCUCUGAAACUGGAGACACUUAUUUCCCUCACUAUCUUUAAGCAUCAGUUGUCAGAGCAGCUUACCGAUCACUGCACCUGUACACAGCCCAUCUGUAAUUAGCCCACCCAACUACCUCAUCCCCAUAUUGUUAUUUACAUUGUUAUUUAUUUUGCUCAUUUGCACCCCAGUAUCUCUAUUUGCACAUCAUCUUCUGCACAUCUAUCACUCCAAUGUUAAUACUGAAUUAUAAUUGUAAUUAUUUUGCACUAUGGCCUAUUUAUUGCCUUACCUCCAUAACUUACUACAUUUGCACACACUGUAUAUAGAUUUUCUAUUGUGUUAUUGACUGUACAUUUUGUUUAUUCCAUAUGUAACUCUGUGUUGUUGUUGUUUUUCCCGCACUGCUUUGCUUAAUCUUGGCCAGGUCGCAGUUGUAAAUGAGAACUUGUUCUCAACUGGCUUACCUGGUUAAAUAAAGGUUAAAUAAAAAAUAAAUAAAACAAUUCACUAAGUGUACAUAGUUACAAAUUCUAUUGUAUUGCUCCAUAAUGAGUGCUAAUUGACUGAUAUACUUGAAUGAUAGGUAUUCUAUUUCUGUUGAGUUACAUUUGACUGCCUUGCAUUCUUGAAUUUUCCUGCUUUGUUUCCAUUCAUUAUAAACAUCUCUUUCAAGGGAUACAUUAACAAUAAACAGAUUUUUCCAUUGAAGCUUUCAGUAGAAGUCCAAUUUCUGAGUGAGUCUGUUUUUAAUGUUGGUUUAAUGUUGUUUUCCAGGUAGCAGUAUUUCAUCUGGGAUUUUCCAGGGAGCCAACCCCAUCACAGGCUCAACUCCAUUCAACACCACACAACAGGUAAGUACCAGAUGUAAUACGCAAGACAUUACAAACGAAAACAGCUUUCUUUCGCGGUGCACCAAGUGUCCAAAUAGCUGGGAUAGAAUGAAAUGAGUUUGGAAUACUGCAACUUACAAUUGUAUGUGCCACACAUUUUCAAGCUUUCUGCAAUAACGUCCUUCAUGAGGGCAUCGUAAAAAUAUGUUUUUUGUUUGUUGAUAUUGUCCAGAUAUAAGUAUUGACUGAAUAAUAGUAUGAAAAUAAAAAAUGUAUGCUAUCACUAACUGUAAGUCGCUCUGGAUAAGAGCGUCUGCUAAAUGACUAAAAUCUCAAAUGUAAAAAAUAAAUAAUCCAGUCAAUUAUUUCAAAUAAAAUAAAAUAGUAUUUGUCACAUGCGCCGAAUACAACAAGUGUAGACUUUACAGUGAAACGCUUACUUAUGAGCACUUUCCCAACAAUGCAGUUAAAAAGUAAGACAAUUAAUAAAUAGAUCAAAGAAAAUAGUAAGACAAUAAAAUUACGAUAAAAUAACGAGGCUAUAUACAGGCUAUAUACAAGGAGUGGUACUGGUGGUACCGAGUCAGUGUACUGGGGACGAGGUAGUUGGGGUGAUUGAUUGAGGUACUAUGUACAUGUACAGUGCCUUCGGAAAGUAUUCAGACCCCUUGACUUUUUCCAAAUGUUGUUAUGUUACAGCCUUAUUCUAAAAUGGAUUAAGUAAAAAAUAUAUAUAUCAUUAAUCUACACACAAUACCCCAUAAUGACAAAGCAAAAACAGGUUUUUAGAAAUGUUAUCAAAUGUAUUACAAAUAAAAAACAGAAAUACCUUAUUUACGUAAGUAUUCAGACCCUAUGCUAUGAGAUUCGAAAUUGAGCUCAGGUGCAUCCUGUUUCCAUUGAUCGUCCUUGAGAUGUUUCUUCAACUUGAUUGGAGUCCACCUGUGGUAAAUUCAAUUGAUUGGACAUGAUUUGGAAAGGCACACACCUGUCUAUAUAAGGUCCCACAGUUGACAGUGCAUGUCAGAGCAAAAACCAAGCCAUGAGGUCAAAGGAAUUGAGACAGGAUCAUGUUGAGGCACAGAUUUGGGGAAGGGUACCAAAACAUUUCUGCAGCAUUGAAGGUCCCCAAGAACACAGAGGCCUCCAUCAUUCUUAAAUGGAAGACAUUUCGUACCACCAAGACUCUUCCUAGAGCUGCCCCCACGGCCAAACUGAGCAAUCGGGGGAGAGGGGCCUUGGUUAGGGAGGUGACCAAGAACCCGAUGAGCACUCUGACAGAGCUCCAGAGUUCCACUGUGGAGAUGGGAGAACCUUCCAGAAGGACAACCAUCUCUGCAGCACUCCACCAAUCAGGCCUUUAUGGUAUAGUGGCCAGACGGAAGCCACUCCUCAGUAAAAGGCACAUGACAGCCCGCUUGGAGUUUGCCAAAAGGCACCUAAAGGACUCUCACACCAUGAGAAACAAGAUUCUCUGGUCUGAUGAAACCAAGAAUGAACUCUUUGGCCUGAAUGCCAAGCGUCAUGUCUGGAGGAAACCUGGCACCAUCCCUACGGUGAAGCAUGGUGGUGGCAGCAUCAUGCUGUGGGGAUGUUUUUCAGCGGCAGGGACUGGGAGACUAGUCAGGAUCGAGGUUAAGAUGAAUUGAGCAAAGUACAGAGUACCUAGUCCAGAGUACUCAACCUCAGACUGGGGCGAAGGUUCACCUUCCAACAGGACAACAACCUUAAGCACACAGCCAAGACAACACAGGAGUGGCUUCGGGACAAGUCUCUGAAUGUCCUUGAGUGGCCCAGCCAGAGCCCGGACUUGAACCCGAUCUAACAUCUCUGGAGAGACCUGAAAAUAGCUGUGCAGCGACUCUCGCCAUCAAACCUAACAGAGCUUGAGAUGAUCUGCAGAGAGGAAUGGUAGAAACUACCCAAAUACAGGUGUGCCAAGCUUGUAGCGUCAUACCCAAGAAGACUCAAUGCAGUAAUCGCUGCCAAAGGUGCUUCAACAAAGUACUGAGUAAAGGGUCUGAAUACUUUUUGCUAAAAUGUCUAAAAACCUGUUUUUGCUUUGUCAUUAUAGGGUAUUGUGUGUAGAUUGAUGAGGGGAAAAAACGAUUUAAUCCAUUUUAGAAUAAGGCUGCAAUGUAACAAAAUGUGGAAAAAGUCAAGGGGUCUGAAUACUUCCCGAAUGCGCUAUAUGUAGGGGAGAAAAGCAAAAGGUAGCCGCUUACAGUUUUUUACAAUCACUUUGGCACUAAUUUCAAAACCUUGACGUCAUUUUUCAAAACUCUAGACACAAAACUCACAACCAAUGAUCAAAAUGCACAUUUUUCAAAACUCUAACACUUUUUUUCAAUUGCUUGGAUACAAUACACAUAAAACUAAGAUCAUUUGUUCAUUUAACAAAAAUCACCUGUUCAAUAUGACACAGCUUAACAUCAAAUAACUACUAUUUCAAAAGGCAAUUCACACAUUACAUUUCAGAUGAGUGUCUAUUCAUUUCAUUACAAUUAUCCAACUAUCAAUUGAUACAACUGCUCAAAAUGCUAAGUAACUGUUGCAUUACUCUUAAUGCAUAGUCGUAUGGAAACAGACAAACAAUAUCCCAUGUUUAGAUCAUGAAAGUUUCAAGAUAACGAGAUUCAUUGUCACCAAUUAGCGUGGAGCAUGAACCAAUUAGACUACAUUAUCUAUGGAUGUAAUAUUUCAUCAUCAUUCUUUAUCAGACACCGUUUCUAUGGUCCCAUGUACCACCUUUUCAGACUAUUUACAGUAUUGACAGUACUGCACUGUAUGGAUGCAGGCCCUUGUAAUUGCUUCUCCAAUUCUGCCAACGUGUUACUGAUGAUUGAGUUCACAUUGUGGAACUGGAAUUGAUUGGGAUCCACUUGCAACAACAUAGCGAUACGUACUGUAACAUGGAGCUGGCAGGUGAUCCAGGUCACAAUAGAGGUCAAGCAGCGGUGGGAAGAAGAUGAGGAAGACGUGUUGGUCAAAGGAAUGGCAGGGGACAAGCACCCCUUCUGAGAGGUGGUCGUGGGCCUCGUUUGAGAGGUGUGGGGGAACGUGGUAGAGGACAAGGCCACGGACCAAGACAGCGGCAGCAACAGCAAAGAGUGUCCAAUGAAAUCCGAGCAAUAGUUGUAGACCAUGUCAUAAAUCAUGGCAUGACAAUGACUGAGGCGGCUACAAUGAUACAACCAAACCUCAAAAGGUCAACCGUGGCCUCAAUAAUUAGAACUUUCCGCAAUGAGAAAUGGUAAGUAGUCAGCAUGCACUAAACAUUAUGCUUCUCUCAAUUGUCAAAUGACUGCAUACCCAUGUGUAUCACAGAGUAGGUGAUGUGACUAAGUGUCUUCUUACUGUAAUGUUUCCUGUAGAAUUGAGACUAGGCCAAAUAGGGGAGGCAGAGGCAAAAUUCUGACUGACCAACAAGAGCAGGCUGUGGUCAAUUUGGUUCGGGCCAGAAAUGAUAUUCGCCUUACAGACAUUCGCCAGCAUAUCUUGGACAAUGAAGACAUGUUUAACAAUGUGGAAUCCAUAAGUUUGCCGACUAUUGCACGCAUGCUGAGAAGGCACCAGGUGUCUUUAAAAGAACUAUACCGUGUGCCUUUUGAAAGAAAUGCAGACAGAGUGAAGCAAAUGAGGACUGAGUAUGUUCAGGUAUGUUCAGUUUCAAGAUUGCUGUUGUAAUAAAAUUCCCUAAUAAUUCUACAUUGUACAGUAAUCAGUAAAUCUCUUUCCAAAAUGUAUUUUUAGAAGGUGAUGGAGCUGGAUGCUGAUGACAACCAUCACAAAUUCAUAUAUUUGGAUGAGGCAGGCUUUAACCUGGCCAAGACAAGGAGGAGAGGUCGGAAUUUCAUUGGCCAGCGGGCAACCAUCCAAGUACCUGGACAACGUGGGGCCAACAUUACAAUGUGUGCGGCUAUAUGAGAAGAUGGUGUGGUGGGACGCAGACCUCAUAUUGGGUCAUAUAAUGCAGCUCUCCUUGUAACCUUCCUUGAUGAGCUCGAUCAGGUCUGUAGAGCUGAUGGCGUGACCUAUGUCAUUGUGUGGGAUAAUGUCAGGUUCCACCAUGCUCAUAUGGUGCAAGCAUGGUUUCAGGCCCAUGCACAAUUUACCACCCUGUAUUUACCCCCAUACUCUCCUUUCCUUAACCCGAUUGAGGAAUUUUUCUCCACAUGGAGAUGGAAGGUUUAUGAUAGGCGCCCUCAUGAACAAGUCACUCUUCUCCAGGCGAUGGAUGACGCAUGCAAUGACAUCAUGACAGACCAGUGUCAGGCCUGGAUUCGCCAUGCCCAAAGUUUUUUCCAAGAUGUUUGGCUAAUGAAAACAUCCAUUGUGAUGUAGAUGAGAACCUGUGGCCAAAUCCACAAGACAGAGUUGAUGAAAAUGUAAAAGUACAGUAAUCACUCCUAUGUUUUGCUUUUUACAGUACAAGCAAGCAAGUUGAGGAACACUGCAUUUGAUGUUUUACAGUACUGUAUUGUUUUUCAUCAAUAUAUUUCAGAUUUUGUUCAAUGAUUCCACUGUGUCUGUAGUAUUCUCUCUACUACUGCAGUACUUUUACAGGGAUGUAUUUACAUGUAGUACCAUAAUGAAACAUGUAUCACCUAUUUUGUACUACAAUAUUUAAUGAUUGUACGAACAAUGACACAGUGAAACUAUCGGUUGCUUGUGUGUGGGUGAUCUAAAUUAACGUUUCAUUGGUAUUUCACAAUAAAUUUGUUUUUUGAACCAAUGAUUGUGCAAGUGCAAUAUUUCUUUAAAGAUAUGAACGCACAAUGCAAUGUUUUGAACAUUGGACAGCCUGUGUUACAAGUGACGACCAUUUUGAGUUUUGUGUCUAGAGUUUUGAAAAAUGACAUCAAGGUUCUGAAAUUAGUGCCAAAGUGAUUGUAAAAAACUGUAAUUAACGGUUCAGCAGUCAUGGCUUUGGGGUAGAAGCUGUUCAGGAGCCUUUACACUGUGAAGCCCAAUAUGUGAUAAUAUGUAAUAUUCUGUGUAUUUUCCUCUCAAGUGUUUAAUAUUGAUCCUGUUCCCUCUGUCAGGACUUCUCAGGGUACUCCAGCUACAGCCAAAGCCAGUACUCACCAUACUACAACACACACUACAACAGCCCAUACCUCAGCCCUAGCGCCAUCACCACGCCCAUACCCUAUCAGCAUCCAGAACACCCCGCCGUGGUGCCCAAUCACAGCUCAGAGUCCCAAACAGGUACAGAUGGUUGCUCCCCCUUCCCUUUGUUGGAGAAUGACUUAUUAUGACUCUUAACAUUGUAUUUACCUUUGUGUCAUGUUGUUUGGUGUUUUAGACAUUUUCAUUAAUGGGAUGUUUGCGUGUGUCUGUCUGUGUGUGUGUGCGUGUGUGUGUGUGUGUGUGCGUGUGUGUGCGUCUGUGUGCUUGCGUGUGCGUCUGUGUGUGUGCAUGUAUCUGUGUGUGUGUGUGUCUGUGUGCUUGUGUGUGCGUCUGUGUGUGGUUGCGUGUGUCUGUGUGUGUGGUGGUGUGGUGUUUUUGUGUGCGUUGUGUGUCGUCUGUUGUCUGUGUGUUGUGUGUGUGUGUGUGCGUCUGUGUGCUUGUGUGUGCGUCUGUGUGUGUGUGGCUGUGUGUGUGGGUGUGUGUGUGGGUGGGUGUGUGUGUGUUGUGUGUUCCAGGAGAGUACCAUCCGCCCCUAGCCCCCCCCACCCCAGGAAAGACCCGGGAGGUGGUGCAGCCGACGGCUCAGACGGGAAACUGAGGGGCAGGAAAGAGUCAGUGACCCACGCCCCCCCUUGGAUUCAGAUAUAGAUGUAAUGUUACAGCCCCCCCUGGAUUUAGAUUGAGGAAUGUUAAGCCCCUGGAUCAGAUAUAGAGGUAAUGUUACACCCCCCCCUGGAUUCAGAUAUAGAGGUAAUGUUUACGCCCCCCUGGAUUCAUAUAUAGGUAAUGUUACACCGCCCCCCCCCCCUGGAUUCCCAGAUAUAGAGGUAAUGGUCAGCCCCCCGGAUUCAAUAUAGAGGUAAUGUUACAGCCCCCUGGAUUAGAUAUGAGGUAGGUUACAGCCCCCGAUCGAUAUAGAGGUAAUGUUACAGGCCCCCCCUGGAUUCAGAUAUAGAGGUAAUGUUACAGCCCCCCCUGGAUUCAGAUAUAGAGGUAAUGUUACAGCCCCCCCUGAUUCAGAUAUAGAGGUAAUGUUACAGCCCCCCUGGAUUCAGAUAUAGAGGUAAUGUUACAGCCCCCCUGGAUUCAGAUAUAGAGGUAAUGUUACAGCCCCCCUGAUUCAGAUAUAGAGGUAAUGUUACAGCCCCCCUGGAUUCAGAUAUAGAGGUAAUGUUACAGCCCCCCCUGGAUUCAGAUAUAGAGGUAAUGUUACAGCCCCCCCUGGAUUCAGAUAUAGAGGUAAUGUUACAGCCCCCCUGGAUUCAGAUAUAGAGGUAAUGUUACAGCCCCCCUGGAUUCAGAUAUAGAGGUAAUGUUACAGGCCCCCCUGGAUUCAGAUAUAGAGGUAAUGUUACAUGGAAGUCACACACACACAAAACAUUAAGGCCAUAGUUUAUUGACAAUUGGACAGAUGGACUAAAGUACAGUAAUACUUUCCCGACUGUACUGAGAUCCUCAGUAGUGUCAAUGGUACAAGGGGAAAGACCACAGUCAUUUAUGCUAUCAGUAUUACAAACACAUUUUCUGAGUUAUUUUUCUACUGAUUGAUCAGGCUGUAUGUUUUAGCCCUCACUGCCAUGUUCUUCUCAAUGUAGAUAUUAUGUUAAUAUUCAGCAAAUUGUGUAAACAUGUUUUUUUUAUUAUUUUCCCAGCGUGUGUUUGUGUGGGACCUAGACGAGACCAUCAUCAUUUUCCACUCUUUGCUCACAGGGAGCUUCUCCACACGAUUUGGCAAGGUACAAAACAAUCGACAUACAUGAAAAACAAUCAACAUUACAUGGUGAAUACUCUCUCCAUAUAACUUUUUAGAUUAUAUAACCCUGAAAAUAUUUGCUGGCUUAUUGAACUAAUCAUUGAUGAGAUAAACUAUGCAAUAUCAGUUAGAGGAGAAUCCUAACUUCCAGUGAAAUGUUGUCUUAGUCACACAUCGAUGUCAAUGGGACUAAGCGGAAAUUCUACUCUAAUCUUUGUUGAAACGUAACUCUUUUAGUAGUUACGUUUGCUCUCUCCGUGACUUUUCACACGAUUGGUGUUUUCCUGCUCUACCCUCUUGUCUCUUUAUAUAACCCAGUGGACUUGUUUGGCCAAUCCACGUCCCACAGUUUGAUUGACAGCUGAUGAACUUUUACAUAAUAGACAGGCAGCUGAUGACAGGAACAAUACUCAUGUUUCAUUUUUUUGGCUGCGAGCGUGUUUUGAAUUCUCACGGUCCCUCUGUGGUUUGAUGUAAACAAGGAACCAGGGAGUGUGUAGUGAGAGGAGGAGAGAGUAGUGAGAGGAGGAGAUAGUAGUGAGAGGAGGAGAUAAUAGUGAGAGGAGGAGAGCUAGUGAGAGGAGGAGAUACUAGUGAGAGGAGGAGAUAGUAGUGAGAGGAGGAGAUAGUAGUGAGAGGAGGAGAGACUAGUGAGAGGAGGAGAUAGUAGUGAGAGGAGGAGAUAGUAGUGAGAGGAGGAGAGACUAGUGAGAGGAGGAGAGACUAGUGAGAGGAGGAGAUAGUAGUGAGAGGAGGAGAUAAUAGUGAGAGGAGAGGAGAAGGACUGGGAGAGGAGGAGAGAAGAGGGAGGGGAGGAGAGAAGUAGGGACGGAGGAGAAGGAGGAGGAGGAGGACGGAGGACAGAGAGGAGGGCAGAGGAGAGAGAGGGAGUGAGAGGAGGAUUGGUAGGAGAACGAGGGGAGGAUAGGAAAAAGAGAGAUUGAGAGAAUAGGACGAGAAGUAGGAGAACAGAGGGGAGGAGGAGAGAGGCGGAGGAGGAGAGUGGAUUGUAAAGGAGAGGAAUGCACUGGAGGAGGGAGAGGAGGAGAGAGAGAGUAGGAGGAGGGAGGCCGUGAGAGGAGGACGAGAAGAGGUGCGACUAGUGACGAGGAGGAGAAAGUACGUGAAGGAAAAGAAAGUAGUAGUGAGAGGAGGAGAUGAUAAUAGGGAGGAGGAGGAAGGAGAGAUUAGUAGUGAGAGGAGGAGAGAGUAGUGAGAGGAGAGCUAAUAGGUGAGAGGAGAAGGGAGGGAGGAGGAGGAGGAGAGGAAGAGGAGAAGGAGGAGAGAGAGAGGAGGGGGAGGAGGAGAGGGAGGAGGAGGGAGGAGGAGAGGAGGAGGGAGGAGGAGAGGAGUAUUAGUCCUAAGCACUUCACCAUUUUUGCACGGCCCUGUUUAUUGUCUUGUAUCGUCGGGGGGGGGGGGGGGGGGGGGGGGGAGAGGGUGGAAGCGUUGACGUUUUUCUGAUGUGCCAAAUUCCUGUUUCCACCCAGGCAGAGCCCCUCGAAAUUGUGAUUUUCAAUCCGACAUGCUCUGACAUCAAAACUCAGACAUCCGUGAUAGAAAAAAAAGUUGUUGGGGAGGAAGGGGGGUGGAGGGGGGAAAUUUCUCAAAUCCCCAAGAAGAUUACAACCAAAGUCGAGAGUGUAUAGGCCUAGUGGGAUUAUGUACAAACCAGGAAUUGGUUUUCAAUUAUGUAGGAGCAAGUUUGAAACGUCUUUCUCACAGUAAUGCUCACUGUCAGACAACGACCAAUGUUUAUGUUAGCUCAGGUUUCCCUCUCUUAAAGAAAAAGGACCCCAAUUCAUCUUCAAAAUGUAAUGGCGUGUCUAGUCCAGACGGACUAUAAAUCAUUCCCCAUGACAGUCAUUGUGGUAUGACCAAGCUCAUUGAGGUAAACAAGUGUUUGGCCUGUGUUAAGGCAAGCAAGGCAAGCCUGGACCCAGGAAGGGGUGGAAAACAAAGGGUUGCGCUGAAAGACUGUUGUUUUCACUGCCUUUGAAAAGGCGAACUGUAGAGCACAUUAAGAUUUUAUUCCCUACAUUAGUGAUCAGACUGUAUCUCAUUUAUCAUACGUCGGCUCUCUCCUCCUCUCAAUACUAUUUUCUCCUCCUCUCACUAAGCCUCCGCCGUACUCUUUCUCUCUCUGUCUUAGCGUAUGUAUUUCCUCUCUGCACAAAGACAAAAGUCCCCAAACGGGGGGUGGGAUUGGAUGUUUUUGUCCUUUCUGAUGUGUUCUUGUUCUCUGUGAAUUCCUGCCUGUGAUUAGCAGGAAGAGUAAGCUGGACCUCUUUUAUUUUUCAUUGCUUCCUCCCUCCGCAUUCAAGAAGUAUUCAAGAAGCCUUAUGCUUAGCAGAGAGGGUGAUUACGGAUAAUUAUCUCCAUUUAAACAAAACACCUCCUCCGUCUCCUUCACCUGCCCUCAUUCUCCUCCCACCCCUCUCUUUCUGCCUCCUCAUUCACAAUUGGAGGUGGGAAGAAGGCUGUCAUCUUUCCAAACCCUAAUCUGAUACUCACCUUUGGCUGACGCCUCAGUCCUCCAUUUCUGACACACUGCCAAGCUGUUGAACCACCGCCACAGCAUCAGUACAGCACACAGCAACCUGCCGUGCCGGUGCCCAGACACUUCCCACAACAACACUGCACUGGGCUGUUUUCAUAAAAACUGUAAUUUCUCUGUUUCUUCUGCGGAAGAUAUAUAAUCAUUUAAUAAAGCGCCUCUUCUUCAUUCCUGAAUUCUUCAAUAACUGUCUGACACAGAGAGAGAGAGGAGAGAGAGAGAGAGAGAGAGAGGUGAGAGAGAAGAUGAGACGAGAGAGAGAGAGCAUGAGGAGAGGAGAGAGACGAUCGCGAAGAGCCUAGAGGGAGAGAGGAGAGAGAGAAGAGAGACGAUGAGAGAGAGAGAUGAGAAGCGAGAGAGAGGAGAGAGGAGAAGAGAGGAGAGAGAGAGUGAGAGGGAGAGAGAGAGAGGAGAGAGAGGAGAGAGAAGACGAGGAUAAAGAGAGAGAGAGAGAGAGAGAGAGAGAGAAAGAAAGAAAUAGAUAGAUAAAAAGGAUGAGAGAGAGAGAGAGAGAGAGGGAAGAGAGAGAGAGACGGGAGAGACGAGGAGAGGAUGAGAGAGAGAGGACAGUAGAGAGAGGCGAGGAGAAAGCAAUAGAUAGAUAAAAAGAGAGAGAGAGAGAGAGAGAGAGAGAGAGAGAGAGAGAGAGAGAGAGGGGAGAGGGAGAGGGGGAGAGAGAGAAAGGAGGGGUAACAGUAGGUCUUGGGUAACAGUAGGUCUUGAAGGGUGCAGUUUAGUGGAAAGAAUGAUUGACAUAAAUGUAAUUAGAUUUCUUGCUAAGGAGAUAGAACCUGUCCUGUCUUUCAAAGGCUGCCAGUGUCUUUAGAAGGUUGUUGGACAUAGGGAGAAAAUAACUCAAUAUUAUGAAGGCGUUCCCAAUGUUUGGUAUACUCUGUGUAUUUACCACUAUGCAAACCACCCUACCUGUGUUAAGCCCAAGAACACAGACAUCUAUUUUUUCCUGAGAUGAACAAUGACCUAUGGAAGUACAAGAGUCCUCUUAAACAAGUGGUUCAUGAAGCGGGAAUCCUAACUUCACUUAAGUCGAAUUUUCACCUACAGUAGUUAUGCAUUGAUGUCAAUGGGAGACUAAGGGCUCUAUUCAAUCCAUAUCACGGAAAUUCAGCUUUACAGCGUGAUUGAAAUUUAAAGGCUAUGUUCCCACGUUAGCAGAGACUGCAUUCACGGUAAACACUGUAGAUGUCGGCUCAAUAAGAAAUUACCUUUUUUAAAUAGAGCCCUAAGUGAAAACUAAGUGUGGAAGUAGAGUUAUGAACGUACAUCCUGGUACAAACAGCUGUAUUGACCUUGUAAUGCAAUGUCUUUGUGUCUCCUGUCAGGACUCAUCCAAGGCAGUGUCGCUGGGCCUGUGGAUGGAAGAGAUGAUCUUUAACCUGGCCGACUCACGACUAUUCUUCAACGACCUGGAGGUGAAGUUUAUUUACCUAAUGAAUGACAUUAUCCAUCAUCCAUACUCUCGCUUAUUGCCAUCAUCCAUCAUACAUCAUCCAUAUUAUUCCUUAUUAGAUCCACCAUCCCUCCAUCCCUCCAGCCGCAUCCCUCAUCCCUCCAUCCUCCAUCCCCUAUCCCUCGAUCGAGCCCUCACCCUCCAGAGCCCGAAUCUCCACGAUCCCCUAUCAGCGAUCCCGCUAGAGCUAUCCUCCCCCGCCAUCCCGCAAGCCGCCAGCCCUCACCCGCCAUCGCCCCGUCCCAAUCCCCAACACAUCCUCCAUCCCUCCAUCCCUCUAUCCUCCAUCCCUCCAUCCCUCCAUCCUCCAUCCCUCCAUCCUACAUCCCUCCAUCCCUCCAUCCUCCACACUGUUGCAUAUUAUCCAUAAUCCACCAAUCAUAUUCUCGAUUGAUCAGUAGGAUCAGAAGUGUACCCUAACUACAUGAUCUGACCAGGAAGAAACUCAAGGCUGCAGUUAGAGCUCAGUUUUUACUGGUCAGGUCAAAAGGUCAGGAAAAGACUCCUGGCCCUAACUAUCAGCAGUAUGAGAUGUUUUAUAUAGAUAAUGAUAGACAGCUCUAGUCUAGAGGGAUCUUCUUAUAUUUCAAGUAUAGGGCAGGGUUCAGUGACAUCUCUCAUGUCAAUAUUACAUAAUGUUCUAAAAAUAUACCUUUCACAUUGUUAGGGUUAUUCCAGCAUAUACUCAGUGCUUAAUUUGAGCCAGAUCCUGCCCGAUCAAGAUCCAGCACCUCUCAAUUUUGGACUGUUUUGUUCCGGAACCCAUUAUUUUCACUGUUUGCAAUGUAAAAAUUAUAAUAAAAUCUGAGUUAAUUCAAGAUGCCUCCUGCAUUCUAAAAAACGUAAUGUGAAAACAUGCCUGAUAUUCUAAGAAUGUAUUAGUGUUGGGCCUGCCCAGGUUUAUGGUUUGCGCAACAUUAUAGCCUAUAGACCAACGCGUAGACAUUGCUGUGGUGAGAGAGAGAAGCACGCCUGUAGCCUAUCUCUCACAGAACUAGAAUGACACUCACUUUCUAUGAUCUCUCUCCCUCUCUCUGCUCUGAUAAACAUGACAGGAGCUUGCAACUGUCAUCUCUCCAGCGUUGCACUUAAUCAUUUGUUUGCUUAUAGAAUCAGAGCUGUGGGAAGGGUGCUGGAGGUGGCGCAGCACCCCUGAUAAAUUGAAAUGUACUUGCCAAAGUUCUAGAAUUACUGCUGUCUGUUCAGAAAGAAAUUAAAUCAUUCAGAAUACUACACCAGGAGUAGGUAUAUACAGUGGGGGGAAAAAAGUAUUUAGUCAGCCACCAAUUGUGCAAGUUCUCCCACUUAAAAAGAUGAGAGAGGCCUGUAAUUUUCAUCAUAGGUACACGUCAACUAUGACAGACAAAAUGAGAAAGAAAAAUCCAGAAAAUCACAUUGUAGGAUUUUUAAUGAAUUUAUUUGCAAAUUAUGGUGGAAAAUAAGUAUUUGGUCAAUAACAAACGUUUCUCAAUACUUUGUUAUAUACCCUUUGUUGGCAAUGACACAGGUCAAACGUUGUCUGUAAGUCUUCACAAGGUUUUCACACACUGUUGCUGGUAUUUUGGCCCAUUCCUCCAUGCAGAUCUCUCUAGAGCAGUGAUGUUUUGGGGCUGUCGCUGGGCAACACGGACUUUCAACUCCCUCCAAAGAUUUUCUAUGGGGUUGAGAUCUGGAGACUGGCUAGGCCACUCCAGGACCUUGAAAUGCUUCUUACGAAGCCACUCCUUCGUUGCCCGGGCUGUGUGUUUGGGAUCAUUGUCAUGCUGAAAGACCCAGCCACGUUUCAUCUUCAAUGUCCUUGCUGAUGGAAGGAGGUUUUCACUCAAAAUCUCACGAUACAUGGCCCCAUUCAUUCUUUCCUUUACACGGAUCAGUCGUCCUGGUCCCUUUGCAGAAAAACAGCCCCAAAGCAUGAUGUUUCCACCCCCAUGCUUCACAGUAGGUAUGGUGUUCUUUGGAUGCAACUCAGCAUUCUUUGUCCUCCAAACACGACGAGUUGAGUUUUUUACCAAAAAGUUAUAUUUUGGUUUCAUCUGACCAUAUGACAUUCUCCCAAUCCUCUUCUGGAUCAUCCAAAUGCACUCUAGCAAACUUCAGACGGGCCUGGACAUGUACUGGCUUAAGCAGGGGGACACGUCUGGCACUGCAGGAUUUGAGUCCCUGGCGGCGUAGUGUGUUACUGAUGGUAGGCUUUGUUACUUUGGUCCCAGCUCUCUGCAGGUCAUUCACUAGGUCCCCCCGUGUGGUUCUGGGAUUUUUGCUCACAGUUCUUGUGAUCAUUUUGACCCCACGGGGUGAGAUCUUGCGUGGAGCCCCAGAUCGAGGGAGAUUAUCAGUGGUCUUGUAUGUCUUCCAUUUCCUAAUAAUUGCUCCCACAGUUGAUUUCUUCAAACCAAGCUGCUUACCUAUUGCAGAUUCAGUCUUCCCAGCCUGGUGGCAGGUCUACAAUUUUGUUUCUGGUGUCCUUUGACAGCUCUUUGGUCUUGGCCAUAGUGGAGUUUGGAGUGGUAACUGUUUGAGGUUGUGGACAGGUGUCUUUUAUACUGAUAACAAGUUCAAACAGGUGACGAAUAAUACAGGUAACGAGUGGAGGACAGAGGAGCCUCUUAAAGAAGAAGUUACAGGUCUGUGAGAGCCAAAAAUCUUGCUUGUUUGUAGGUGACCAAAUACUUAUUUUCCACCAUAAUUUGCAAAUAAAUUCAUAAAAAAUCCUACAAUGUGAUUUUCUGGAUUUCUUUUUCUCAAUUUGUCUGUCAUAGUUGACGUGUACCUAUGAUGAAAAUUACAGGCCUCUCUCAUCUUUUUAAGUGGGAGAACUUGCACAAUUGGUGGCUGACUAAAUACUUUUUUUCCCCCACUGUAGUUUAGCCACAGAGGACCAAUAGCUUCUGUGGAUUGUGUGUAGUCCAAUCACAAGGCAUGCCUACAGGAGGGAACGUGCGGCAAAUCUGCCAGUAAACAGCAUGCAGUCAAAACAGGCCUUUCGCAAUAUUUCAAAUAGAAUAGUGGGAAAGCACAGGUUAAAAGCAAUGGAUUCUGUCUGUAGGCUACCAAAUAGGCCUAUGUCAUCAACUUCCAAAUAGGCCUAUUGAGCGAGCAGCAUUGUUUGACAAAGUAAAACAAGAGGGAGAUAGGCUUUUGGCACGAACGCAUCGGCCAUCUCUGGUGAGUGAGCUGCGCAUCAUUGGGUGAGUCAGUGAAACUGGAAAGCAUUUUUAGGACUAUAAUUUCCUCCUCAUAUUGUACAAUAUGUGUCUCCAUACACCUAGGCCUAAGCUAUUGAUGGAUUCAAGACAAGGUUGUUUUUGUUGAUCUCAGAUUCUCAGUUUGUCAGUGUCAAAUUAGCAUAGCCUGUCACUUCGAUCAUUUGUGAGGUAUUAAAAAAGAUUCUGCUAAAGACUCCAGUCAUCUAAAAUGAUGUAGAAUUGCAUGAAAUGCGUUUAUAAAAGGCCACAUUUUUCCAGGACCCUAGGCUUAAAAAAAGAAUCCUCAUGUGUGCACCUUCCGCCCCUGUUGUACUGCUGUAUGCCAGCACGCAGUAGUGAUGAUAAUGCAUGCAAUGAUUUAUUAUAAAGUACUAUUUUUAUUAUAUAUACACGUUCCGGUACCCCAGAGCCCCCAGGUCACCCCCUCUCGGCUCACUUUUUGUUCUGGAACCUCCCGAUUUACAAAUUAACCACUGGAUAUACUCAAAAUAUUCCAGUUGACAGCCUAAUUGUUAAAGUGAGUUUGGGAUAGUGUUAAACUUGAGUAUUUUUACCAGCAGGAACGGCAUGUAGGCUUUUCUCUGUGCAUUCCACAGCCUUGUUCUGACAAAGACGAGGAUUCAUUUGGGCUUGUAGGGAGAAAGAACACUUUGAGUUGUUAAUUGUAGGUGUGUGUCUGUCUCUGAAAGGAACAUUUGUUGUGGGGAGGAGGAACACCUGAGGGGAGGAAGGCUGACAAAGCCGUUCUCAAACCCCAUUUUUAAGUUCCUUCUUUUUGCCCGCCUCUGUAGUUCCUCAUGCAUACAGUUGGCCUAUAGUGGUGGCCAUCUGUGUUAGUCGUGUGCUGUGGUUGAUUUAUGGAGUAAUCUUCCUACAGGUUUGGCAACAGCUAAUAGAGAGAUAAUAGAUGCCACAGGCUGAGGAAGCUGUAGGCAAUAAAGAGAUACGAGCUAGGGAAGGCUCUACCGCAGUUACAGUAUUCUUCUUGAUGAAACAGAAGACAAUUGUCGUUAAUUUAACUAGCUUCUGUGAGAAGUCAGAAAUAUGUAAUAUUUCUCAUUUUGCAUAGAUAGCUCUAUGUCUAUAUUCAACAUCGAAACUCACCCAGCCCUACAUAGCCAGAUAUGUACUUCUCCGUCCACACCAAUUCAUGUCGUUAAAUCAAUUUAGCUUGCGAGGUGUUGAGAUGGACUGCUGUGGGUUCUAGAGCUGCCUUAUAAAACCCUAUGUUAGCCUAUGGGUUCUGUGGGUCGUGUUAAUGAUUCCCUAUGUGUCUGGGGGAGCUGGGUCGCAGCAUUGGGGAAGCGUUACAGCAGCAUUGGGGAAGCAUUUUGGGGAACGAGUGAGAGCGUGAUGAGGUAGCGUCUUCCUGUGUCUCAGGCCGGUUGAAAGGCGAUAGCGUGGCCUGUCAGUCCGGUGUAGCCGUGUGGGAGAAGAGGUAGGAGUCAGUAGUUACUGAAGUAGUAGUCAGGGAAUUAAAGAAGGGAAGAGAUGAGAAUAGCAGAUCUGAAGUGGAGAUUCAAAGGGAUUUGGUGGAGAGGUGGGAGGAUAGUGUGUGUAUUGUAGUGGCACACCAUGGGAAAGUCGUUUUUAGGAAUUGUUUGAGGAAGCAACUUUGCUGUUUUUCCACAGUAGUUUGUACCUUGUAACAACUUGUAGCAACUUCUACACACCAACAAUCCAGAAUCAAUUUACAUCCAGUAUAUGUACUACUAUAUACAGUAUUUAUAUUGUAUACUACAGUAUAUUUAAUACUACAAAAAUCCUGUAUUUAAUGGAACAUAGAUCUGAAGGUUCUUUGGCAGUUGGCAAAAGAAGUUGAUAUGGUGUACAUCUUAGUGGGGUUUAUUAGUGGAGUGUGGUGGCGUCAGGUAGAGUUGAUACACAUCCAUACUGGCGCCUGAAUGUCUCAGCAGCUUAUUUUCCGCCUCUCUGUUGUCUUUUGUUUUCAUUUUUUUUGUUCUAUCGCUCCCUGAGGCUCCCUUAAGAAGAAACCUGCCCAUGCACAGCUUUGAAAUGGAUCUCCCUCUCUAAUAUAUCCACUAUCUUUCCCUCUCCUUUCCCAGGAAUGUGACCAAGUUCAUAUUGAUGACGUGGCGUCAGACGACAAUGGGCAGGACCUGAGGUACUGUACUGCUUUUUCUCUUGAAUUUAACUCGCCUCACACUUAAACCAGUUCUGAGUGGGUUUACAAAAGGUUCAGUGGGGGUAUGUCCUGCUCUCGCUCUCCGCUAGAAAGUGGGAGACAGGAGAGAAAAGUGAGAGAGAUUGAGAGAAGAGGAGAGAGGCGGAUGAGAAGAGAGAGAGGAGAGAGAUUGGAUAGAGAGAUAUGAUAGGAGCGAGGCAGAGAGAUUAAGGAGAGAGCAAGAGAUCUAGGCGAACCACCAAGUAGAAGAAGAAAGAGCGAUAAAUAAAGAACGAUAUGAGCGAAUAUGAGCUCCUCCUAUUCGUCUUCUCUAGUUAGCUACUUGAUACAGUCUUAACUAAAGAUAUCUAUAUUAUAUAUCUCGCCUUCUAUCGAUUUUUUUCUUCUAUCUCUAUCUCUCUUUCUUCUAUGAUUUCUCUCUCUUAAUAUAGCUCUUCGAUCUCUUUGCUCUCUUCUCUCUCUCUCUCUCUCUAUCUCUCUUCCCUCGUCUCUCUCUCUCUCUCUAUCUCUCUCUAUCUCUCUUUCUCUCUUCUCUCUCUUUUCGCUCUCUCUCCCGUUAUUCUCUUUCUCUCUCUCUCUCCCCUCUAUCCCUCUGGCAAUAUAAUAUAUCAGAGUUAACAGUAUCAUCAUUCUUCAAUGUCUAAUCAAAAUAACACUCUGUCAUUCUCUCUGCCUCCCUCGUUCCAGAAAUGUUACUACAUAAAUUGAUGAAGAACUUUAGGAUUGGUUUCAAAGGAAUAUUUGAGUGCAAUCCUUCCCCAUUUUUUUAGUGCUUUCAGGCAUGUUACUCUUUUCACACAAAAAUAUGUAUUAACCUAACUGGAUGUGCAUACUGCAUGUUCUCCCACUUAGAUAUAACAAACUUCAAAUUCAAUCUUUUUUAUCCUUGCAUGGUCUCACCCUCGCUCUUUAUUAUAGGAUUUUAAAUGUAAAAAAUGUAAUGUCUGUUCCCAUCCAGGUUCACACUGGAAAAUGUUUUGCAUAAUGCAUUUAUCUAUUACUCUUUACACGAGCUACUUCAGUAAUACUACUCCAUGUAUGUACAGGCACUGGCCACCAAAUAUCAAUCAGAGUUGUACAUUGAUCUGACUGUAGCCCAGGACCAUGCUUCUCUUUAAUGCUCUCUUUUGGUUGUUUUCUUCCAGCACUUACAACUUUGGCACGGAUGGGUUCCAGAGCCCUGCGGGGGCCGGUACUUUGUGUCUGGGCUCAGGUGUCCAUGGUGGGGCUGACUGGAUGAGGAAAUUGGCCUUCCGCUACCGGAGGGUAAAGGAGAUCUACAACACCUUUAAGAACAACGUGGGAGGUAGGUUCUGAUGUGUGUGUGUGUGUGUGUGUGUGUGUGUGUGUGUGUGUGUGUGUGUGUGUGUGUGUGUGUGUGUGUGUGUGUGUGUGUGUGUGUGUGUGUGUGAUCUUCUCUGGCAGUCAGCUGAUAUAAAAAUCACAAUGUAAGUAGAAUUUGUUCAUGCUGUAUAACCAUGAUCAUAAUGAAUAAUUGGGGUGUGAUUGUGAUUGUGUCAGGUUUGCUGGGCAGUCCCAAGCGGGAGGAGUGGCUGCAGCUGCGCAGGGAGAUGGAGGUUCUAACAGAUCUGUGGCUGACCCAGGCUCUCAAGGCCUUGGCCCUCAUAAACUCCAGGUUAGGACACCCCCCUUCUCAACUGCCCUAGACACUCUAUUUUUUUAAGGUGGAGAUAUGAUUAUUCUGUUGUAGUCAUGCACAAUGCUCUUGGGUGGUCAUCAAUCAGCAAGAUAAUUGAAAAAAACAUCCUUUUAUUUCACAAUGUACACUAUUUAAAACGGCCAAAAUCCAUAAACAACAGUAUUCAGUUGGUAAGAGACAGACAUUCAGUCAAUACUAGGAAUAGAUUGUCCACCAUCUAUGUGUUAUCCAGACAGACAAGAGAAAUAGGCAAAAUAACAUUUAGAUUCAGAGUAAUAAAAAAAUGAAAUAAUUUAUCUGAGCAGACCAGAUACCUUUCAAUAUAUACAUUCAAACAAUCUAUCUGUCAGAGUAUUUAUCUGGUCAAUAUGGCAGUGUAUUAUGUCUGCUGUUUUUAACAGUGUGUUAUAUGUGAAAAUGUGAUUGUACUAUAAAUUGUAUUGUUUAAGGACUCUUGGAAGAUUAGUCCAAAUGAGGACUAAAAGAGAUCCUAAUCUAAUCAAAUCAAAAAUCGAAUCAAUCUAUGAUUGAAAACAGUAAACAAUGUAAACAGUAGGUUCACUCAGAAUAAUAUAGUUGGGGUACGAGAUCUUCGUAGAUAAUCCAUAAAAAUGAUAAAUGGAUGGUACUCCAAAUGUAUUAAAGGGAUAGUGCGAUAUUCUAUUUUCCUACUUGCCCAGAUUCAGAUGAACUCAUGGAUAGCUCAGUUGGUAGAGCAUGGCGCUUGCAACGCCAGGGUUGUGGGUUCGAUUCCAACGGGGGGCCAGUAUGAAAAUGUAUGCACUCACUAACUGUAAGUCGCUCUGGAUUAGAGCGUCUGCUAAAUGACUAAAAUGUAAAACACCAUUUAUAUCUCUCUGUGUGCAGUUUGAAAGAAGUUGGAGUUAGUUUCGCGAGCCAAUGCUAACAAGCGUUAGCACAAUGAGUGGACGUUUACAGGUACGCUAGUAUGACAUAUUGAGAUCAUUUGUUGACAUUUCUCUGUUUUCAGGCCAAACUGUGUGAAUGUGCUGGUGACUACCACCCAGCUGAUCCCAGCCCUGUCCAAGGUCCUGCUCUACGGACUGGGCCCAGCCUUCCCUAUAGAGAAUAUCUACAGUGCCACCAAGACAGGUGAGGCAGCGUGCCACACUCAAUAUGGCAUAGAUUAUCAUCGUUUUAGGGAAGGAAUACAGUUGAGUUGAUUGUUUUCACACCAUGGUUGAAAAAGCAGUUUAUGUUAUGUUUAACAAUUUGUAUAUAAGCCUGUUUACUACCUGCUAGCUGGCAUUGUGCAAUCUAUGUUUACUUUCUUGACAUUUUUACCAAAAGUGUUAUUUUAAUUUGUUUACACUUCCAUUUAACACUUUAUAUAAAUGUAAGGUUUAUUUUAGAAUUGUACACAUCUGCAGAUAAAAGCUGAAUUGCAGCAUACGUAGUCCCACUAAAGUAAAAAAAUAUAUAUAAAUAAAUAAAAAAUUCCUAGUAUUUUGAGACGUAGUAUACAAUAUUACAGUUAAGCAGUAGUAAGCGGUUUCACAAAGUCUUAAUUAACACUUAAUUUUGUAAUAAUCUGAACACACUUAUUUGUUACUUUUAAUAACUCUCCAGGGAAGGAGAGUUGCUUUGAGCGUGUGGCUCAGAGGUUCGGUCGGCGAGCGGUGUACGUGGUAAUAGGGGAUGGAGUGGAGGAGGAGUCUGUAGCCAAGAAGGUGAGACUCACGUAUAACGAGGAAAAGGGGUGGGUGGGUACACAACAUAUUUCCCCCUGCCUUAUUUUUCAUGCUAGUGCAAAGACGUCAGAUCAAAUCUAAUAUGCCCCCACACAUAUUAUUUGAAGCGUUUUCUUCAUUUGAAAAACCAAAAUAAUGUUUUAUAUCCUAAUGCAUGGAAUCGUGUUUGGUAUUAGUGUGACCAGUGACUGGGGUUUGUACCCUCUCCCACACGCCAUAACAUUUUAGUCAUUUAGCAGAUGCUCUUAUCCAGAGCGACUUACAGUUAGUGAGUGCAUACAUUUUUCAUACUGGCCCCCCGUGGGAAAUGAACCCACAACCAUGGCGUUGCAAGCGCCAUGCACAACCAACUGAGCUACAGGGGACCAAGAAUGUAUUAGCUCGCUGAGCUUGGGUAACUUGAGCGUGGCUCACUGAACAAUGUUAGCUAGCUAAUUACACUAGCUAGCUGGUUUAGCCAGUGUUCCACAUUUUCAACAUGUCAAUUUGUGUCUUGCAGAAGAACAUGCCCUUCUGGAGAGUGUCGUGUCGGCCUGACCUGGAGGCUCUGAGUCAUGCACUGGAGCUGGACUACCUC